AUGGCUCCUACCAAGAAGCAGGAGACUGAGAAGACGGGGUUGGCAAAGGGUGUUAACAAGGGCACUAAAACAAUCCCCAUCAUCUCCAAACCCCGCCCCUCCCGCCGCAAGGGUGCCCAGAGCAAGCGCACCAACUUUGUCCGCAGCAUCGUCAAGGAAGUCGCCGGCCUCGCCCCUUACGAGCGUCGUGUCAUUGAACUACUCCGCAACGGCAAGGACAAGCGCGCAAGGAAGUACUCCAAGCGCAAGCUGGGCACUUACGGCAGGGCCAAGGCAAAGGUUGAUGAGUUGCAGAGGGUUAUUGCUGAGUCGAGGAGGGCUGGUCAUUAA